AUGCCUGCUCAGUCAGCCUCGAAUACAGUUGAGCCUCAGUUCAUCUCAAUGGACGGCAAUUCCUGCAGCCCUUCUGAAAUUCAGCUCACUGUGCCCACGUCCCUGGCUCCAUUGCUUUCCGGUUGUCAUGGCGUCGGAGGGCCGGGUCCCACUUCUCGUAGUUUUUCCGACCUGAUUGCGGCUUGUGCAGUGCUCUCAGCUCUCGUUCCUACCACAAGUCAUGCAACCCUACCUCUUCUUUUGCCGCUGUCAUUGCCGAUUCCGAUGCCUAUAGCUCCGCCUCCUCAGCCUCCACUUGUUGUACCUACUAUUCACCUCCCUUUUCCUGCAUCAGGCUUCAUCGCUUCUCUCAAUUCUCCCGCCUCUGUCGCCGAGGCAACAUCCACAGCACCGUUACCUCUUUUCAUGCCACCGCAUUCGAUACCUCCAACUCAGCUCCUCCAGACUGGCCUGCCAUCCGAACAAACGGCGUCUGCUUACUUGUCAGGCUGCCUGGCUAAUCUGACGGCCUUCGCCAAUCCGGAAAUGCCAGCUUCGUCACGGGCCUUGUUCCAUCCGCCAGAAGAUGACCUGUCCGGACACCAGCUCCUUCCCCUCAGCGAGCCCACUUUAGGCAGCUCGACUCAUUCUUCUUCUUCUUCUUCUUCUUCCUCAUCCUCCUCCACCGCCUACUCAGAACAGCUCAACCCAUCGCCCAGCCUCGAAGCUGGGAUGGCCUUUUUUUACCCACCCCCUCCCUUCAUCUCCUCCUCCUCCUCCUCCUCGUCUUCAUCCUCAUCCUCAUCCUCAUCAUCAUCAUCUUCUUCUUCUUCGUCGUCGUCGUUGCCAUGUUUCUUUGGUUUCGACUCAUUCGGCCUGGUUGUCUCAACAUCGCAGUCCGGCUCCACACCCGACUCUACCUAUCAGGCGGAAGACGACACCUCCAAACGCCAUGAGGCUGGUCAGUCCGGCUCAGUUGGGCCUUCCAAAACGGUACAAGGCAACGAACGCUCGACAGAGGUGACGGUGGCGAAUGGAGUGACCAAUUUUUUCACGAUUGACCGUCUUCUUGCUCUGUCCGUCGGGGAGGAUGCCAAAACUGCCCCACCCAGUGUAUGA